AUGAGCAAAUGGUGCGACUUCCACCGCGACAACGGUCACGAAACCGAGGAAUGCAUCUCCCAUAAAAAGGAGGUCGAGUUUCUCCUGAAACGGGGGCAUUUGAAGGAGCUGCUGAGUGACAAAGGGAAGGAGACUUUCAACAAGGAGAAAACCGCCCAACUCGACCCAACAGCGAGCAGCGACCGACCGGACCCACCUACGUUCAACAAAGUGGUAAAAGUUAUUUCUGGUGGUUCAGAUAUUUGUGGACUAACCUCUUCUGCAGCUAAAAAGAUUAACAGAGGAGAUUCUAGAGCCGUUGAAGAGGGGCAAACAGAGGACGAGAUCGCACUAAACAAAUCCUUAACAGCGAUGACUAUCACCUUCGACGACUCAGAUUCAGUAGACACGCAGCGGGAGCAUCACGACGGACUGGUAAUAACACUCCUAAUAGGCAACGCUCUGAUCAAAAGGAUAUUGAUCGACAACGGAAGUUCGGCAAACGUACUGCUCUUGGGGGCACUGCAGGAAAUGGGACUCGAGGAAAAAAACAUCAUCAGGAGAUCAACAGUCCUGGUAGGAUUCAGUGGAGAGUCGUUGCGAACUGUUGGAGAAAUAUCAUUGCCCACCUAUGAAGAAGGAGUCAACAUCAUGACAAAGUUCAACGUCGUCGACAGCCCGUCAUCAUACAACGUCAUCUUGGAACGACAAUGGAUCCACAAAAUGAAAGCAGUGCCAUCAACGUACCACCAACCAAUCAAAUUCCCAACCAAAUGGGGCGUCAUGGAGAUUAAAGGACAGCAAAGAGACGCAAAGAAAUACUACGAAACCGCACUAAAACCAUCAAAAUCCUCCAUCUAG